UUGAACCAAAAUGAGCGAAAGAGAAACGGGAACCGUGAAAUGGUUCAAUGAUGAAAAGGGAUAUGGCUUUAUAAGCCGGGAGAAUGGUGAAGAUGUCUUUGUGCAUUUUCGAGCAAUCCAGGGACACGGCUAUGCAUCUCUGAAGGAAGGACAGAGAGUCACAUUUACAGUAGUCCAGGGACCAAAAGGUUCACAGGCCGAUGAGGUGCAGUUAGCAGAGUGAUACUUUC